UUAACAACCUCUCGGCCGACAGCCGACAUGAAUUUAGUCGCCAUCUUUGCUUCAACCUUCAAUCGCCUCUACGGAUUCGCGGGCGUUUCAUCGCCGUUUUUCAAUGUUUUUCUUAAACAAAACGUGAUUGUUCUUGUCGACAAUAGCGUAAAAAGUUUCCUGGAGUUCACGUAACAGUUCAGUGUGAAAAUGAGUUUUUUCGGAUUCGGACAAACCGCGGAUAUAGAGAUCGUAUUCGACGAUGCUGACAAGCGGAAGGUAGCGGAGGUGAAAACGGAUGACGGCAAAAAGGAGAAAUUACUGUUGUAUUAUGACGGCGAAACUGUGUCGGGGCGGGUGAACGUUACGCUGCGGAAGCCGGGGUCGAAGCUCGAGCAUCAAGGAAUCAAGGUCGAACUAAUAGGGCAGAUCGAAUUGUUCUACGACAGAGGUAACCAUCAUGAAUUCAUAUCGCUAGUGAAGGAAUUGGCUCGGCCUGGAGAUCUUCUGCAACAUACGUCGUAUCCAUUCGAAUUUGCUAACGUAGAGAAGCCCUAUGAGGUGUACACAGGCGCUAACGUCAGACUGAGGUACUUCCUACGCGCUACCAUCGUCCGCCGCCUAACCGACAUCGUAAAAGAGGUGGACAUCGCUGUACACACGCUCUGCAGCUACCCUGACGUUCUAAACUCUAUAAAAAUGGAGGUGGGCAUUGAGGACUGCCUCCACAUAGAGUUUGAAUACAACAAAUCAAAGUACCACCUCAAAGAUGUGAUAGUUGGUAAAAUAUACUUUUUGCUAGUCCGUAUCAAGAUAAAACAUAUGGAGAUAUCUAUUAUCAAACGUGAGACAACUGGAUCAGGACCAAAUACAUUUACAGAGAAUGAAACCGUUGCAAAAUAUGAGAUCAUGGACGGAGCUCCAGUGAGAGGUGAAAGCAUACCUAUAAGAGUGUUCUUGGCGGGAUAUGAUUUGACCCCGACAAUGAGGGACAUCAACAACAAGUUUUCUGUCAGGUACUACCUAAAUCUAGUACUGAUGGAUACUGAAGAUCGUCGCUACUUCAAACAACAGGAGGUCACUCUAUGGAGAAAGAGUGAUAAGUCGAGGUUGCUGUUACAUAACCCUCAUCAUCCACAGACACAAACUCUGACACAUCCCUCGGAGACCCCGUCUCAAAGGCAGCAAAAUGCAGCUAAUUCCGACUAUGUGGGAAGAGCGAUCUCCCCACUACACCAAGAGAACCACCAACAAGGCCCUCCGCUUGUUGACGAAGACCACAAACCCUCUGAAAUGGAGCAGGAUAAAACUGAGGAGAUGACCAACAAAAUGUCCAAUGCUCACAUUGAGAAUAACCAGGCUGAAAAAAUUGAAAACUCAGAAAAACCAAAGCCUGCUGCGGCUGAAAAGCCUGAAGUUGCUGAGAAGCCGGUGGUAGCAGGGAAGCCUCAAGUAGCAGAAAAGCCUCGAGUAGCAGAAAAGCCGCAGAUUGCCGAGAAGCCCCAGAUAGCGGAGAAGCCAGUGAGUGUAACCCGGUCAGAGAGUGCGGAGGCCGAGCCGAGUCAAUAGCCGAUAUGCACGUGCGCCGUCAACCUUACUGUUGACGACGAUAUGAACUGUAUGUUUUCGUACUUGAAAACAAUUGUGUAGAGGUUCAAAAUCGAGUUUCGAGUUUUGUAUCUUUCAAAAAUUUUAAUUGAUAGUCUAUGAGUUUUAUGAAUGAAACAUCAUGGUUAAGUUUACAAGUGAAAUU